AUGUUCGACAUCGCGGUCGAGGCCCCUUGGCAAGAUGGAUCAGAAGAGCGGACACUCAAGACCUUCGUCUGGCAAAACUCCUGGGCGUAUUCUACACGCGUACUUGGAGUCAUGGUCAUGGUUCAUGGCGAUGAUAAGGGAUUGGUCAUACCCCCUCGCGUUGCUCCCACGCAAGUCAUUUUGGUGCCGGUCGGCAUCACUGCCGGUACACCCGAAGAUGUUAAGCAAGGCGUGCUGCAGUGCAUUGAUGACAUCCAGAAAGCCCUCCAGAAUGAUGGCAUCCGUACGGAGACCGAUGUGCGCGAAGAGUAUUCGCCUGGGUGGAAGUUCAACCAUUGGGAACUGAAGGGAGUUCCCCUUCGACUUGAGAUUGGCCCCAAGGAGCUUGAUACCGGUUUAUCCUCAUUUGCUCGACGUGAUAACGGUGGUAAGGGAUCCAUUCCGACUCCCAGUGUCGCUGCUGGGGUUGCAGAGCUGCUCAAGGACAUUCAAUCUGACAUGUACGCGCGGGCGCUGGCAAAAUUCCGCGAUAAUCUCAAAAUAAUCACGAAGUGGGCAGAUUUUGCACCGGCGGUUAACCACAAACACCUAUGUCUUAUCCCCUUCUGCCUGCAGGAAGAUUGCGAGGAUAAUAUCAAGAAGCUGAGUGAGGGAACCGCAGACUCCAGCACUGAAUAUGAUGCAAGGGCUCCAAGUAUGGGCGCAAAGAGCUUAUGUAUCCCAUUCAAGCAACCCAGUGAAUUGAAGAACACCAAUACACCAUGCCUUCGAGAUGGAUGCGACCGCAUGGCUGAGAAAUGGUGCAUGUUUGGACGGUCAUAUUAG